GUGUCAAAGUAGUGGAAAAAAGACGAAGUUCGACAAUGGUGACAAAUUUUUUGGAAAAAACUUGAAUUUUGGUGAAUUUUAGCAGUGUUAGCUGAAAAUUAGUUUCGAUUUUUGUUUCGUACUGGUACUACAUUCAGGUAGUGUGGUUUUGUUUGCUGCUUUUAUUUUCGUGGAAACUUUCGCUAACGAAUAAUCUAGACAGGAAGGUUAAUCACUAAUACAUAAGAAUUUUCACGGAAUGGUAAUACUGUCGAGACUGCAUCCAUAAACCAUCAACGCUUGUUAACAAUGCUUAGUAGCAGUGCUGUUUGAACGUUAAAAAUUCCUGGGGAAAUAUUAACGUAAGAUGUCCGAUACCAAACCCGAAACGGAACAGCAGCAAUUGAGCUCGAGGACCGCAGAACCAUCAGUAGAACAGCAGAUACCUUCAGCAUCUCCAGUAAAACCGGAAGUAUCCUCGCCCACAAGCGUAGACUCUCCUGCAAUUAUAGAGACCACUUCCAGUACGUUGACCAUCGACGAGGGUGGUAGACCUCCUUUAGCAUCAGAAGAAGAUACCAGCAGCACAAUCAGUAACAUUCCAGCAAUUACGGUCACUAUUAUUGAUAAUCUUACAGCUCCGACAACAGCAGCUAGUAGUAGCAACGUUUGCCUUGGCAGCCACGGUCCAGAGGGACAAACGGUACUAGCCACAGUGCACCAGCCUCAGUUUUCGAUUGUUGUCGAAAGACAAACUUCCGUCAAUUCCAACGAAGGCAAUAUGGCAAAUGCUAAUAACAAUAAUGUUGGCUUUCGGAACACAUUCAAUGGUCGAGUUCCGUUCGCCAGAAUGCUUUCGGCUGGCAGUGGAACUGAUCGGCGAGUAAGCAACGAUAAUACAGGCGGGCGAGUCGCAGUAAACUUAAGCAAUAACCUGCUAACUGAUAUUUUUGCCUUUAUGCAGCAAGCGCGCAAUCCAAACAAUUUAUUCUCGGCUGAACGCCGCAACCUUUUUGCCCAAUCGGGUCGCUCUGUUUCCCAUAUGCCAGGCAGCAGUACUCCGCCGGUGAAUCACGGCGUAGGAAACCCCAGCGAUGUCGUUAUAGAUGUGGACAAUAUGACAGGACCGUCUCUUCGGUCUUCCAACAAUGAGAUAUAUCCUAUCUCAACGUCUUCAUCGGUUGCGAGCAGCAUUAGACCGAACUCUUGGAUCCAGCCGAACUCUGGCGAUGAAGAUGCCAACAACGUGGGACGACCGACGAUGAUGCCAAAUUUUAACUAUCACCAUCAUCACCAUCACUUUCACAAUCACCAGCCUCUGUCCACUGUGCAUCAUCAGCUUCUCACACAACAGCCAGUUCAAUCUGGCCAACAACAAAACCAACCAUCUUCUCUUGGAGCUAUUGCUAGUGGCAGCGGUAUUCCACUAACUGAACCACUUCAGCAACCAACGACACCCACCAAUCCGAAUCCUAACAAUGGGACGCGCAGCAACAGUAUCAGUUCCAAUAAUCAACCAUCAGACGAAACGACUGUUCAUGAAGCCCUGAAUCAAAUUCCAGAAGCGCGCGUCAUGAUUGACACAUUUGCUCGCUACAUUCCGUUGAUGUUUAUUCUGAUUACCAAAUUGUGCUACGAUCAUCUUGACGGAAUCAUUCAUUUCCUAGCCUUGCUAAUGACCUUUUCCCACGCCAACUGGGUGGUGCGGCAGGAAAUCUCCAAACAGGCUCAGAAGCGGAUAAUGGUUCUGCUCCGUGAGCUGAUCUUUAUAGUACUGGCGCUCGUUGUGGUCGGCUUCCUGCUCGAGCGCAAGAAUAUUUUCCUCAGCAUCAUGUUUAUGCCGGAUCUGUCCGAACCGCUGAGUCUCAAGUCGCUACUUUUCUCCGUGUGCAUGUCCGAUUUGGUACUGAAACUGUUAACCAUCAUCGUAAAGAUUGUAGUUACCCUGAUGCCACCCAGCGUGAUUGAGUACAAGAGCCGGGGUAAAAUCUACCUGAUGACCGAGGCGCUCUCUCAACUGUACCGUUCUGCGGCACCGAUUCAACCGUGGCUAAUCUUUCUGUUCGAGUCCUAUUCGGGUUCGGAGAAGAUCGUCGGUGUUAUCCUGUCGGCUGUUUACAUGGUCGCCAAAUCUUCGGAUCUGCUCGAUCGGAUCAAGUUCUGCAAGUGGUCUGUCAUCAAGUUGCUCCAAAAGACGAGUUACGGCACCAUUCCAUCGAAGGAACAGCUUCAGGCCUGCGGUGGCCAGUGCCCAAUCUGUCACGACAGCUUCAACUCACCGGUUCUGCUUGAGUGUAAUCACAUUUUCUGCGAGUUGUGCGUUGGUACGUGGUUCGAUCGAGAGCAGACGUGUCCGCUGUGUCGAGCCAAGAUCGUCGACGACCCGUCCUACCGUGACGGGGCAACCACGUUUUUCCUACAGCUGUACUAAAAGAAGUUUGCAUUCUUGUUUUAAGUUAUUGAGGAAAUCCAAAUUUUGCAAAAUGAUGGGAUCCGUUACAACUAAGAACACGGGACACGAUGUGAAAAUGGUGAAGCACAAAGCUGCUUCUACUGUGUUUAAAUAUUGAUAAAAGUGGUUCACUUCCUAAGCUAAACCGUUUAGUAGAUAUUUAGUUGACGUACGUAGAGUUAUUUUUAUUCAUCUCAGUUUAUCCGCAGUCUAUUCCAACACCUAAACUAUCAAGUGGAAACAUCACCCAUUGUGUCUAAUGAUAAUAAAAUGUUACAAUAUCCUUUCUUAGCAGUCGGACGCAAAGUGAGUGUGUGCUUACGGAAGUGAAUUUGAUAUGAAGCCAUCUUGCAAACCAAAACAAAAUAAUGAUGAAUGGGUGUCUAAUAUGUGCUUUGAAAAUGCGGUGUUAACAUGCAGAAAGUCAUCAGUAAACUAACACUAGGUUUGCCAUUCGUCAGUAACAGACGAAUGAAUAAGUGCACGCAGUAGUGCAUUACUAAGCAACAGCAGAUAUAUUAUUUUUCAAUUUAAAGGAAGAAUAUUAAUAGUUUUAGCAUU